AUGUCUGCAAAUGACCCAGCAGUAGCACCCGAACAGAAAUUGUUCGGGUCUUUUGUCAACGACAUUCCUGGUUUCCGCGAUGUUUUGAAGGAAACAUCGUCAGCCGUUGUCGGCAGCGCGGUAGUGCACGUUCUUCUGAAACGUCCGUUGACCCACGUACGUUGUGACCACUACCAGGUAUAA